AUGACAAAGGACCGGUUCACGGUCAACCCUUAUCCAAGUCUCCAGGUAUCUGAAGCAGAGCGAAAACAGCUAAUCGAACUCGUAGAUGGAUUCGUCGCAGACCAUUUCCAGGAAUACGAGGACUUCGUUGUCGUCGAUAAGCGCCAAGUAGACGAACAACGUUGGAAGCAUUUCAAGACUAAAGACAACCUUCACGUAUAUUCACAACGUCGUCAAAAGGAAGACGUUAGUAAAUCAGAAAGCGACCCAAGCGACUGUGAUGUCGCUACUCCACUUAAAGACAUGCCGGUGGUAUUACGCGUGGGAACGCUUGUAGGCGAUCUGGACGACCUCAUGUUUGGAGUCGUAAACCCUACGUUGGAUGUGAUGCGUGUGAAGGCUUCGUACGUGCACGACCUCGACGCUGCCUCGAUCCUAUGUCCGAUUAUCGAACCUAGUGACGAAGAACCAUUCCGUUCUCUUAUCAUCAAGUGGAUGACGAUCGAUGCGCCGCUACAAUCCACAAGCCUCGUGAAAAUGCGCGACUUCGUGUAUAUCGAGGCAACGGGAGUUGUCCACUUCGCUAACGGCGACCGUGUCGGCUACCACUUGAUCCAUUCGAUCGAAUUCCCGCAGACAAAGCCGAGACCUAAUGUGGUACGUGCAAAUUUGUCGUACUUUGGCUUCUUUCGACAACUUGAGCACAACGUUAUCGACGCAUUUGGAUCGAGUACUGUAGCCCCCGGUGGUGACGUUAUGCGGUUUAUUUCUCUUCGUGUGGCUACGGAGGCCCUCCUGUCUGCGAAUAAUCUCGUGUAUUGUGGUCAGAUGAAAAAGUUAUCGUGGAUGUUGCAAAGACAACACGCGAGUGAACGUCAUAGUCAGCGUAACGAGAAUUGCGUCAUGUGCAGUAAGAAACCAUCUUCGGGACUUCUACGUGGAAUUGGCAAAAGUACUUGUAAGCUCUGCUAUGGCUGCUGUAUAAGCAAAGCUACAACGUGCACCGCGAAGGAGGCUGCGAGAGACCAAGCAACUGGAUACAAGGCGUACAAAGCCUUCUCGACAUCCUCCAUGUCGGACACGGCGUCCGGGAAUGAUAUGUUCUAAGAAGUUUUAACUGUUUAUCCCGUGAAGUCAGAUGGUUGUUUAAAGAUUUUCAGAGUGAAUCGUGUU